AUGUCAGGCACUACGGUGAAAAAUGGCAACCUUGCACCCACAUCAACAAAAUAUACAGCUGGCAAAAGAAGCCCCAGUGCCGGUCGAAGCUCCAAGCAACCAGAGCCGAAGAAAUCAAAACAAACUGCGACAAACGACUCGAAACACACACUACGAGCUCCAGUGCAUGCUACCACGUUUGGCAUCGAGUUUGAAUUUACUGUCGCCUUCAAACAAGACCUGUUGGAGUCCACUUUGGCCCGGCACAAUCUCAACGCAGAUAUUAUCAAACACUUUACAGACAACGAGCACCGCAAUCUUCUCGGGGAAUUUGCGCAGCAUUAUGAAGGCAAUCCAUCACAUAACUGCAGAUUCCGGUAUCCUUCUUGGGCACUACAUGUCCCGCAAGAGGAUAUCGUAUCCAUGAACGGGUUGCACCACGGGAAUUUCAUCACCAAAAUGACCCAAGAGAAGCAGUGGAUGAGGAGAUACGUUAUGGAACCACUCCUCAUGGUCAAGGAAAAUCUACAACAGAAGAAACUCCCCUGCAACGUCGUUGGAUGGGUCGAGCCAGACCCUGCCAAUCCCAGCGACCCCAAGCUAGCAGAAAUACCGUUUCCUGGGGAGGAUGAGGCCAUUAUGAUCCGAAAGAGCAUUGUUGACUACACAGACUGGACAUUGACAAACGAUCACACUCUCGUUGGACCACUGCGAAGCCAGCUCAGAGAGCAUCUCGAAAAGGAAGGAGUAUCAAAAAAGGAGGUCGACAGCUGGGACAGCAGUGGAGUAGAACUGGUAUCGCCCGUGUUUGAGUUGGAAAAGAAAACCGAAGCGUUUGAAUCGGUUGGGAAAUACCUUGAUUCUCUCUCCGGAAAAGACACGUCAAUCAUGGAGUCUGUAUGGGCCAGCACCCAUGUUCACAUAGGCCUUGUUUUUGAAAACCCAGAAGACAUGCCCAUGCUAUUACUGCAGCACUUGGCAUAUAUUCUCGUUCUACAUGAAGACCUGCUCACCAAGUGCCAUCCACGAAGUCGAAGUGGUGUCGAGCUCCAAACAUCAAGCCCUUCCGAAGCUCCCUUGAAAGACUACGACGACGCCGAAGAUGAAGAUGAAGAUGAAGAAUUCGACCCCGACGCUCCCGUCGAACCCCCACCAUCGCCAAGUGAGCAGGAAAAAGAACAAGAAAACGAAGCAAAGGUGCUAGCCUUCGAGGCCGAGUACACCGGAGUCGGUAAUGUCGACUCCAAUGCUCGGUAUCUACGCCAACACCUGACCAGGCAGAAUCCUCGCCACCAACUCCGCGAGAUCAGAGACCAGAUAUUUCAGGAACAGGGAACAAUAUUCGAUCUAGUCGAACUUCUACAACGACCGACAGAUGCCUCUGAUCGACAUGGCAACAGACACCGCGGAUAUAUGUACAACUUUGCCAAUCUUUGGGCUUUGGCGAAAGGAGAGACGCCUUGGAAACCCAUCAAACCCACCAUCGAGUUUCGACAACACGCCUGCACUUUGGACAGCGAAGUGGUACGACACUGGGUGCCGCUGCUUGAAGCCAUUGUCAACACCGCCGAAAGGAAAGCCGCACAAACCACUCAGUUCAACAAUUCUACUCCUCUGGAUGCAACCCGCACUUUUGCAGAACGAGAAGCGAGCAAAUAUCCUACCGCGUCAGGCACUUGGCCAUACGAGACAAUGCAAAGUUUCUGUGUACGAUUUCUAGGUCUGGAUGACGAAGAGGGGGAUUACUGGCAAGGAAGAUUUGAGACAUAUAAGGACGACAGGCCUGUCAAGGCAUAA